UGGGUUCUCGCGUACAUUAUAGUGAAUGGGGUCGUUGAAAAAAUAUGACAGAAAAUCGAGGUAAGUGAUCUCAGAGUUUCUACUUAACAUAUUGACUUGAAAUCUUGCAUACAUAUUCAAUAUACAUAGUAUGACAAUGUGUGAAAGUUUCAGCUAGCAUAUUCCUGUAAUAGGGAAGAUAUUUGAACAACAUUUCGUAAACGUCAACAUAUAUGUAUCAAAUGGAUUCAACUAUGUAUCAUUUGGAUUCAGAACGGUAACAAAUGGAUGCUAUAAUAAAUUAUGCUUUUAUCAUGAUAAUUUAUUUACAGAUGGACAACUGGCCAGAUUUUCUUUGUAUCCAUUGUUCGGAUAAACAUUCCUUAUUCAGUGAAGUAAUUAGCCACACCAUUACAAUACACCCUCAUGAAGAAUUGAAAAUUGAUAGACUUUAUAUAGACCCGUCAACUGGAAAAUGCCAUUACAGAAGGAAAAACUAUGGUUUCAUCCCUAAUACUGUUAAUUUGAAAAACGGGUCCAUAACAUGUAAUGAUGACAAUGAAGAUGUUGAAAUUAGGUACGCCAAUCAAGUGAAUUCAGAGCCCAAGAACCAUCAACCCACUGAAAUACCCACAGAUCAAGUUUCAGAGCCAUUAACAUUCCUUGAAAGUGACAAUGAGCAGCCAACAGAUGGACCAUCUGUAAUUAAUCUUGGUGAUUUUGUCAGCUCAGCUGAAAGAGCCUACAGAUUCCUUGAAACAAAUGACCCAAAUUCAAGAAUUAUAUCAUAUAUUUACAAUUUUUUUGAAAUCGUGGUAAGUGGAAUCUUUCCAAUUACCAAUAUAGGAUUAUUAUUGUUUUUGGACACUGUGGACUAUUUCACCGCUCCAUGUGCCAAACAAGUAAGAUACAGAAAGGAAACUAAAUACUUUUGGUUCAUGGGCUUUCGUCUGUUUCAUGGGAAGUUUCUGAGGUAAGACUUCACUCAUUUUUACUUUUAAUUCUUAUGAUAAUAAAAUAUAACUAGACUUUGGAAAUUGAACAAGUUCAAUUUCAGACUCCAGAUCUAGACUUUUUUAAGCCCAGUCAUCCAGAAUAAGCCGAGUCAUCCAGAAUAAGCCGAGUCAUUCAGAAUAAGCCGAGUCAUCCAGAAUAAACUGAGUCAUCCAGAAAAUGAUGGAUGAAUGGAUGAAAUAGGAAGGACGGAUAGAAUAGAAUAGGAAGGAACGAUAGGAUAGAAUAGGAAAGGAUGAGAUAGAAUAGAAUAGCAAGGAAUGAUAGAAUAGGAAGGAAAUGAAAGGAUAGGAAGGAUAGAUAAGAAGGAUAGGAUA